AAUGUUUAAAGGGUCUUCAAUAAAAAUCUUAAUAAUAGGGCCACCUUAAUCAGGAAAAUCAAGACUUGCAAAUUAUAUAGCUGAUAGAGAAGAUAUAUCGUAAAAUGGAUACAGACCUACAGCAGGAGUGAGAAUUUUAGAAUUUGAAAAAGAGGCACCUAAAAAUCCUAAGAGACCAGGUUCAGAAAAGGUCAUUGUUGAGCUUUGGGAUAUGAGCGGAGAUGCCAAGUUUGUAAUUUAAAUAAAAUAGAUUUGACUCUUGUUGGCCUGCAAUAAUGAAAGAUGCUUAAGGAGUUAUAUGUGUAUAUAAUGCAGAAAAUCCUAAACAUGAAUAAGAAUUGGAAUAAUGGAUUAAUCAAAUAUCUAAAAAGGCAGGCAUUCCUGCCGCUUAAAAUGUUGUAUUUGCUCAUCAUUUGACCGGCAAGGCAAUUAAAGGAUAAUCAAAAUUACGUAUAAUUUAAAUUUCUAAAUAUUUCAGCCAAAUCAUUAAGUAGUUUGACAGUUCAUGAUACAUCCAUUGAAGAAGGAAAUUAAACAAUCCAUCCAGCAUUUGAAAAAUUUUUUAAUUCUUUAAUGCUGAGUAUUUAUGAAAAAUAAGAAAAAGAAGAAAAUAGACUAAUGAAUUGA